GCGCAUGCGCCGCGCGCUUGGCAACGUUAUUCCCAGGUGGGAUUCAUCGUUUUCAUUGAACUUUCUUGACCGUCGUCGCACAACUGUUUCAGAAUGGGAUCCAAACGAGCAGCUCCAGAGAAAAAGAUUGCAGAACUAACACGGAAAACAAAUUUGAGCAAAGAAAUGGUGCAACGUUUGGUUGCAAACUGGCAAGCCAAAUGCAAAGACAAAGGUUUGGACCGUGACACGAUGCGUGGGGAUCUCAUGAAUGAAUUCAACAUGCUUGAUGACUUUAUUCUGGACAGAAUCUUUCGCACAUUUGAUGUCAGUGCAACAGGGCUGCAUCUUAAGAUGGAAGAUUAUGUGCUGGGAAUGGCAAAAUUUUUAAAGGGAACUCCUGAAGAACAAAGGAAAUGUAUGUUCUCAAAAUAAACUCUGUGUUGUUUUGUCAAAACAAAAUUAUUUAGUCUUAUUUAAUGUCUUAACUAUUUAAUAUCUCACAAAAAGUUUCAUCUACUUUACAGUAAUAUAGCUUGUGAUAAUUUUUUUUUUUAAAUCCUCCAGCAAUAUACAUGGUUAACCUGCAAGAGCUGAAGCAAUGGUUAUAAACCUGAAUUACCUCAUUUAAAAUUUCUAGUGGCAAUUAAUGAACGCUGAAAACAAAUAACCCAUAUGAGAUCAGUAUAUUUCCAGUAUCCUGUGCUGCUAUUUGGGUUUCAGUUCAUAUAGGUUUAUAUCAUGUCUUUGAUAAAUGCUUUCUGUCCAUCAAAUACAUUGGCAGACUUAGGUGCAUAUGUCUGCAGAAAUGCUUACCUUGAGCUUUGUAGGAUCAGACCAUUUGUCACAAUCUCACCUCUAAUGCAACUAAAACUAAUCUGUGCCUUUGUGCUCUCAAGGAUGGAUCAUUGUAAUUUUCUUUUAAAUGGAAUUCCCAAGUAUCUUUUUGACAGACUUCAAAGGAUCCAGAUUAACGCUGCUUAUCUCAUCUUCAGACAUAUAUCCCCUAUAUGGCCUAUAAUAUGCUCUCUUCACUCAUUGCCAGUUGUGGACUGUAUAGCCUACAAACUUUCCAAUUUGACUUAGUCUGCCAUUUCUGGAAUUUGUCCUCAGUACCUCUCUGAACUCACUUCCAUCUAUAUGCCCUCA